AUGCCCGGCAAGAAUAGGACCGAGCUCGUUGAAGAUGAUGAGCAUCAUAAAGACCCCUUGUCCUCUCCAGCGCUACCAUCAUUGUCGCCGUUGCCGUCGCCAUCGCAGUCACUGGCCGCCACCAAGCAGCUUUCGAAGCCCAAGGUUGGCCCCCCACCACAGCUGCCGCAGGUGCUUGUAAUCUGUAGGAAUAAACAUUGGCGAUACAUAUCGUCCUUCCACGGACCAUGGCUCCAGCUACCCCCCGAGGUUCUCGAGACCAUCGCGAAUGUAAACUACAAUGCCCCAAGACCGCGGCCCAUCGACCCGUCCGUCUUCUUCGAUCUCGUCAAGAUCAGGCGGCUGGUUGACGAGGCCACCGAUCUCGCCGUGCGUGCUGCCAGCGGCGUGGCCACCAUCGGGCAGCGGGGCCUUAACAGCGCUUCUCAUCCCGCAUCCAUGCUAGGUUUCGGCUUUGGCCACCGUCCGCCACCACAAACGAAGCUCAGUCCCGAGAGGAAACACAGGAUGAGGGAGCAGGCGACUCAGAAGCUGAUGGAAGCAUACUGCCUGGAUGAGAUCGCUAGUAGCGUUGCCACAAUGCAGGGCGCUUCCACUCUUGAGGAGGUGGCAUGCCUGGUGCUCCAGCGCAACCCCCAGGACCCGGCCGCCAAAUAUGUCCACUUCUUUCACGAGAAGAUACCAAGCCGCCAGCUGGUCGAGUGCACCAGCAUGACGCCGCUCAACGAGGUUGCUGCCGUGAAGCCGUCCGACCCAGCGCCACUGAGGACUCGAGCCAUGGUGCGCGUUCUCAAGGGGGAUGAUCAGGGCGCAGCCGACGACUUGACCGAAGCCCUCAAACUCCAUCGAUUGUACGGGCCUUCGCAUGCGUCGCGGAAAUCGGCUCAACUACCGGAAAACCAGUCGUAUGGGGCCAAUCGAAGGCAGGAGGAUGCCAUUUUGAAGGGGCAAGACCAGCCAAGCAGUCUCGAGAUGCAGUUAAUUUUUCAGAGGGCCGGCAUUUACUUGGUCAUUGCCUGUCGCUACAUUCCCGCCGCUCUCGGUGAGGACUUGGCAACAGCCGAAAGCCAUUCUCUAGGCGGUGCCCAGGCCGAGGGUACUGGGGGAAAGCCCCAACCCAUGCCAGCGGGAGAAGAAACACAGAGGAGAAUGGAGGAAGCUAGGAAGCUGGUGAGGCAAAACGCAAAGCGGGCAUUGCGCGACUACACGGCCUAUCUUUCUCACUUCGACUAUUCGCCAGACCUGCCUAUCGAGCACGCCGAGGAUUUCACUCGGAGGGUUAACUCUGCCGUCAAUGGCACCAAGGCACCACGGUCCCACAGCCAUCCAUCUGGGCCACGCUUGCCUCAGGCUAGAGAAGGUGAAGCCGUGGCCAUGCCUCACCGUGUCUAUGCGUUAUCGGACCUCUUCACAUCCUCGCAACCCGCUGGCCUCCCUCCUUAUCCUAGCACGCAGAUGGUCACAGCGGCCCGUGGGCCACCACCCGCUGGCCCGGUACAAACCACGACGGAGACGCUGACGUGCCACCCUCUUCUCGCCGACGCCCUUCACGCUCUUCUGCUGUGCCACUGUCUGCUCCAGACAUCAGCCAAAGAGCUACUUCGCCACGCCAACAUGGUAGCCCGCCUUGCCCGCCUCGCCGACGGCUACCCCGUGUUCCAAUCCAGCCGGUGCCCCACCCGAGCCGACUGGAUCGAAGUAUUACGAGCAGGCAACAACUGGAUCAACCUGGCCGGAUCAUGGGAGGACCUCUGCGCACCAGCGCCCCUCCCACUCUUCCAAUCCACCGGAAACGGCUCCACCCCCGUCCCCAUAUCCCCGUCGCCGCUUCAAUCACCCCUCCCAACUGCAAGAAACGACACCCUAGACAUCACUUCUGACCCCUCAACAACGCUCGCCACCACCGGUGAGCAAGCCCAAGGCUUUCCACCAAACCCCAUCGACGACGACCGCCGAUCAGACGACGCCGCUCUCCGUCUCGCCAUCCGCGCCCGCCAAAUGCGCGCCGAGCGCGACUACCGCGUCCACAACGCCGCCCUCGCUCUCGACGCCCAGUGGUUGAAAGGCCAUCUAGAGAGCCCGCUUACCAACCCUACAGCCGCCAUUGACGCCGCAACCUCCACCGGACCACCACCACCAGCGCCGGGGUCGGGGGCGAUGUCAGCCACCAGCCGCCGCGGUGCAAUGCCGCCGCCCGUUGCCGACGACAAGGACUUUCACCCGCUCUCUAGCCAGCGCGCCGGCGCUAUCGCCCGCUGGGUGACCCAUGCACCGCCGCCUAACACGACGCCUGGCGGGGGCGACGGGACUAGAAAGCGGAGGAAGAAGCCUGUUAAAAAGACGACAGUCGUGGAUAGCGGCGGUGGUGGUGGUGUGGUGAUGGCUACCUAG